AUGGAAAUCAUAAGAACUCAGGCCAACCCGGGAGCUAUUCAGACCCACCCAUCUGUCCGACUGAAGGGCACAGAGCUGAACUACACCCCACAGUCGUGUAUCGACCAGACCUGUGCCAACAGGAGCAGCGUGCAUUACCACUGUCCACUGUGUACCAAGGCUGACUCGUAUGGAGACCCCGUCAUACUCAAGGCACACUUCAGAGUCAAGCAUGUGGACAAGAGCAUUGAGUUUGCUGGGUUGAAGGUCCUGCGCUGCUGUAAGUCCUGUGAGAUUGUGGGAGUGAUUAAGGGUGAGAAGAGGUUUAAGGGAGCCCACUGGCACUGCUACAGGUGCAGGAAUGGCUUCAACAGGAGAGACGAGGCAGUCAAGCACUACAAGACACACUUCAGGCACCCACAGACUACCUUCCAGAUACAGAUCCCAAAUGAACUGAUCGACCCUGAGCCAGGCGACAGUUUACUAGAAGCAGGCAGUGCUACCCACGCCCUCACCACCACAUCCUCCCAGUUUUCUAGCAUUCAUCCUGUCCUCACUGAGGCUGUCAUGACAACCGCACAGCUGACCAAUGACAGCAAGGGAGAGACAGCUGUGCCAAAUGGCGUGGCAGCCAAUGAGAUCGUGGCUACUUCAGAUGGUCAGACAUUUGUCCUCAUUCCAGAAAAUGCUCAGGGAGACCUGGGUGCCGAUCACUGUGAAGUCGUGAGUUACGAGGCUCAGUCUGACAUGGUGGAUGCCAACAGCCUGUCUCAGGACGACCUUGAGGGCACGCUGACGCAGGACAACAUCCUGCGGCUGCUGGAACAGCGCAGGCAGCUGCAGGCGGAGGUGGAGCAGCUGCAGGCGCAGAACCAGCAGCUGCAGGUGGACAGGGACGACAUGGAGAGGCAGCUGCGGGAGGAGAUAGCACAGCUGAAGCAGCAGGUGCAAGACCUUUCCUCAUCAAGUCCCAGUAUGGCUGACAGACAGAGAACACAGCAGGAGCCACCAGAAGACACACAGAUCCAGGAGUUGAUCGAGAGACUGAACAGGGAGCACAGGCAGCUGUUGGAACAGCAGGUGGCCCUCCUCCGUCAGCACGACCAGGGAAAACAACAGGCCUCUCACCCCAUCCUGGUGACCAUGUUGUCCCCAUCAGACUCUGAAACUGCUGCAUCCCAGGAGACUGUCCAGUCUGUCUCCACCGGCUCACAACUUACACAGCAGCAGGUGCAGUUUCAGACACUUUACGUCACACACAACAUGCACGGCGGUUCCAACGGGUCUGACAACGAUGGCAGGGAGCUUAUGGCACCUGACGGGGUCCCAGAGAGUUCUAACAUUAUUAUGGAUGUGGGGGAAGAUUCGCAUCAACUGCUUGUGGACAGUAUUGAUGUGAGCUUGGACAAGAGGAAGGCAGAAGAUCCUCUGUUGGAGGAACCCAACAAAAGGAGAAAAGACAGUCCAUAAAAUAUUGUUGUGUAGAGAUUGUUUAGAGAUGUAACCAAUAUUUUGUAUAAAAGAUGAUCGAAAGACUAUUGUAUUGAAUUAUAUGUAAAGCUUGUAUUGUUUAGUGUCUUGAUGAUUCAGGUAGUAUGUAUUUUUGAUCUAACAAUGUAAGA